AUGGCCCGUCGUAAAGUCGGUGUGUCGUCUCUCCAGGUUGCCGUCUUCCAAUCAGCUGCCGAAGCUGCCCUUUCCAAAACCUCACCCAGACGAUCCAAGGGCCCGGCGGAUCCAGUCCGGUCAGGACUACCCGAGACAAUCGACGCGUGCUACUCGCGACUAUUCUCGAGCCCCAUCGCCAGAUCCUCACCCAUGCAGCUCAUCAUCCGAAAUCCAUUCUCUGCUGUGCCAUACCGUGCUGUCUAUGGCCUGCGGCGAUCGUAG